ACAUGCCAAGGAACCUUAUAAACCCGUCCAUUCUCUUGCACAAGCACCAAGCAAGAUCCGUCUAUCAUGCUGCUUUGUUUCUACAUGUCCACUGAGCCCCAAAGUCUACCUUCCUUUCCUCACUAAUAUAAAUCAUCUCUCGCUGACUCUCCACAUGCUGUGAGAUCUCUAUCUCUUCGCCUGUCUGAACCCAUGUUACAUGUUUGACCUUGCAAAGUAGUUCUCCCGGUCCAGGAGGGAUAGGAGCAGGGGAGAGAUGAAGCUGAUACGCAGGAGCAAGAAGGGUCACAAGGGGAAGAAGGGCUCGUCAGCUCCGCUGCAAUCCAGUGGAGCUGUUGAUGGUGGAGCUAGCUCCAACAGCAGGCGAGUAGCGCCUGAGGACGUCCUCCAAGUUGGAACCACAACUACUGGCUAUGCUAGCAGCAGAGAUGAAGCAUUCUUUGAAGCGUCUCCUUGGUUGGAGUCGGACUGUGAAGAUGAUUUCUUCAGUGUAAAUGGAGAUGCUACACCUGCAAGAACCUUCAGUACAGCUGCAAGCAGCCAGGGCACACCAUGUGGGCCACAAGUGCUGCCAACGCUGGGGGCGAUCCUCAAAGCUGAGCCCCUGAAGCCGCCUGCAAAGAUAAGGCUCAGUGACCUCCUUAAGGAGAAGCAAGAGGCCAUCGAUGACGUUGAUGACCUCUCCAGGGCCGGGUCUUCUGUUGGUGGAGAUGAAGCAGGCCGGUGCUGCAUCCCUCAGUUUGCACGGGUCGUCAGCCACAAGGAGAGGAGGCAGGGAAAAUGAAAUGACGACCGACGCUAGGUUGGUAGGAUCAUCAGGUUACUGAAACGAAGCUUCUUCGAUUUCCUGUCCACACGUUGAAUCUCGAAUUGCCUAAUGGAACAUUCGCAACAAACAGUUUGGCCGUCCAAAUGUAUAUACGUACACUACGUACCUCGUACAGCCGGAGGCUACUCGGUAAGUAACCUCUAGAAAGUCAUCCAGUGGUUAAAUCCCGAUGAAGAAAGUUCACUUUUCUGUCCUUCAGUUAUUGGGAGAGCCGGAUAGUUAUCUUUUUA